AGAGAGGAGCUUUAAGGAGACUUUAACCAGAACACCAACAAACUUAGUGCUGUGAGUAAUAGCAUCUUCCCUCUGUCUCCUCAGCCUGCAGAGCACUUUGCGUUUGGAGUGCAGAACCCUUGGAUAUAACUUUGUUUUUGGGGGGACAUACUGCUUUUCAGUGUAUGAUUCCCACUGCUUUCUCUGGUGUCCUGUGGCUGUGUCUGAAGCCCACUGAGCCAUGUCUAUGCUCCCUUCCUUUGGCUUCACCCAGGAGCAAGUAGCCUGUGUAUGUGAGGUUCUGCAGCAAGGGGGCAAUUUGGAAAGAUUGGGUAGGUUCCUUUGGUCCCUUCCAGCCUGUGACCAUCUGCACAAGAAUGAAAGUGUCCUGAAGGCCAAGGCGGUGGUGGCUUUCCACAGGGGCAACUUCAGGGAACUCUACAAGAUCCUGGAAAGUCAUCAGUUCUCACCCCAUAACCACCCCAAACUUCAGCAGCUGUGGCUCAAAGCUCACUAUGUGGAGGCAGAAAAGCUUAGGGGGAGACCUCUUGGGGCAGUUGGAAAAUACAGGGUAAGAAGAAAAUUCCCCUUGCCUAGGACGAUCUGGGACGGUGAAGAGACAAGUUACUGUUUUAAGGAGAAGUCCAGGGGAGUGCUUCGAGAGUGGUAUGCCCAUAACCCCUACCCAUCACCCAGGGAGAAGAGGGAACUGGCUGAGGCCACUGGACUAACUACCACCCAGGUCAGCAACUGGUUCAAGAACAGGAGGCAAAGGGACAGAGCUGCAGAAGCCAAAGAAAGGGAAAACACUGAAAAUAAUAACACAUCGUCCAACAAACAGAACCAGCUCUCGCCCCUGGAUGGAGGCAAAUCACUGAUGUCCAGUUCAGAAGAAGAAUUUUCUCCUCCACAGAGCCCAGAUCAGAACUCAGUUCUCCUACUCCAGGGCAGCCUGGGGCACCCUGGGGCUUCAGCUUAUACCCUGAGUGCUUUGGGCUCCUCACAGGGCAGCCACAGCUUGCAGGCCCACCAGCACCAGCUGCAGGACUCUUUGCUGGGACCCCUCACCUCCAGCUUGGUGGAUCUAGGAUCCUAAAGGACAUCUUCACCACCCAGAGACUUCACACUCUGUACAUAGCAAGACAUUUCAUGACUCUGAUGCUCCACUCUUUCUCAUGGUACUUAACAUGUAAAGAAAACAAAA